AUGGCCACAAUCCCAGCAGCAUGGACCACACGUACAAUUGAACCUAUCGAGUAUGAUGCGCCUUCUGAAGACGACCCGCCUACAAUGUACAUCCCUGAGAAGGUGGGCUGGGAGAAGUAUAAAAGACCGUACAAAGCGCGUCCCAGGAGGGAAGAGGAGUCGUGGCUCGAGUACGCCGACGCGCUCGAACGGGAUUUUGAAGAUUACGAGAUCCUCCGCCAACUAUGCGACCCAGCACGCCGUCUCCUGAAGUCCAUCGUCAGCGGAGCACCCGUAGAUGUUCUCGACGACCUCUUCAACGAAGGUGCUUUACUAUACGAGAGAGAACCAUUUACCGGGAACUCCGCGAUACACGAGGCUUUGUAUCACGAUAAUAUAGUUGCGUUGAGAUGGUUGCUCGAAAAGGGGUUGCCGUGGUGGAUGGAGGAUAUACGACACAAAUGUGCGAUUGAGUAUCACAGGGGUUCAAGGUGCUGGGAAUCGUUGAUGAGAUGGGCUAUUGAAUAUGACUAUGCGCGGCUCAGCAGGGCUUUUGUUGAUGACACAAAUAAAUAUCAGAGUCAUCCGAUCGACAUCAUACCGAAGAAGAAUAAUGUCGAUUUUUUGGAAUCGCCUUGCGAAUAUACCACUCAAGAUGAUGGAGUCUCGAAAGAUUUCGUCAUGCGUACAAAGACGGGGAAGGACCGUGUGAUGAUGCUUUGGGAGCGUCCAAUCAUGGAACGAACUGCAAAGGCCUUAAUGGAUGGUCAGGAUGUAGGAAAAUCUGUCCUUAACAUUGGAUUUGGAAUUGGCCUGAUCGAUACUCAAUUUCAAACUUAUUCCCCCGCAAACCACACCAUCAUCGAAGCCCACCCCGAUGCCGUCGCUUACUUCAACAAAAUCAAGUUUGCAUCCCCAGCUUCUCAUCCACCGAAUAAGUGUAACGUAGAUCAAGACGGUACCGUGUCUAAAAUCCGUCUCAUAGAAGGCACUUGGCGCUCCGUACUCUCCGAUCCAGCCAAGCGUGCGGAGCUCGGAAUGUUCGACGCCAUUUACUUUGAUACGUUUCAGGAGAGUUAUAGGGAAUUUUUAGAGUUUUUCAGGUAUGUUCCUGGGUUGAUGAAGGGGCCGGGGUCGAGGAUGAGUUUCUUCCACGGGCAUGGGAGGGGCGGUGAAAUGCUGUACCAGGUGUAUAAGGAGACAUUGACAAUGCACUUGAACGAUAUUGGUCUACAUACGACUUGGAUAGACGCGCCCAAGAUCGAGCAAACAAGGUGGACCACAGAGAGUUAUAGCACGGGAGAAGAGAUGGUAGUAUUCUCUAUUCCUGUCUACCCUCAUAUCACCCACGACACUUUCUUAGCUUUUACCCCUACUUCGAAUAUUGACGCACCGACCAUCCCUCUAACCCCGACAGCUCGCUUGAACUUUUUCAGCGGGCACCCUUGUAGUCCAGAUGGUACUGAGGCUAAAAAGGCCAUAGAAGAGCAACCCGAGGGAUCUGCAAAUCCCAGCGCGGGCUCGGUGGCUAGUCCUGCUAGCGAAGAGGCGGGGUGA